AUGGGUGACUCCAGUUUGCAGGUCGCAAAGCUUGAGCUGGCGGCGAGGAGUCUUGACCUAACCACGGCGUUGUCGAGAGCAGCAUCAUCAUCCAACUUUCUUCUAAAGGGCGCCUGGGAGAUUGGCCAGUGGCUCGGGCGUGAAAAACUGAACCAACAUGAACUCCUUGACUUCAUGGAAAAGGCUAAAAGCCUCGCGUAUGCGAACAAAAACGGCCUUGAGUUCUUCGACCAAGUCAUUUGUGGCACCGAUACCGUCCCUGUUGGGCCCCUAUUUCUGCAGCAAUCGGGAUCACUCGGUCGACUCAUGGCAGGUGACCCAAACCUGAGCUGGAUAGUAUCCACCGUGGCAGGCCUUUUUCAGCAUCACAGGGAUGACCAGCUAGUGACGAGCAAGUUAACCGAGCUGAUCAUGGAAGCCUACCGACCCCAAGAGGACCCAGACGCGAGGCUGGGCCUCGCCUCCGAGAUGCGGUAUAGUCCCGAGCGCGCCAGACUGCGGGCCGUUGCGAGGAAGAUCGUCUCGAGCGUGUGGUAUAACGUCGUUAACGCCGGCUGUGAUACAAUUCCGUUGCCCCAAGAGCUUUUGAACCUGUGCCCAAGGGGACACUACCUGGCCCCUGAGGACUUUGGCCAGGUCGUCAGUACUAUUACCAACCGGUGCAGGUCAAAAGCCAUCUUGCGAACCGACCAUCUCUUGCUGGAUGUUCUUCAGUGGCUCCUCCUCCAUUAUGACGGGACCAUCGUCGUCAACGUAGCAGGGGAGAUUGUCUACCAUGUCGAUCUUGGGACCAGCCGUCACCGGGAGCUGGAAGUGCGUGUUUCAUCGCGAUGCUCGGUUCACGAGAGCGACAUGGACCGUUGCACCGGCAGGAACCAGUGGCAGAUCCUCGACCAUAUUUCCGGCAAGUUUGAGGACUUGCUCCGCGCUGGUGAUUCGGCACCCCAGUUCAACGACGUGCCCUCAUGGCCGGGAACCCGGCAGAAGCUAUACGACAUUCCUCGUCCAUACCACGCUGACAGUGUCAUGUGGAACAAGACCUUGCAGAUUGCGGUGAAGUGCUCUGCCCAAUCGGUUCUGCGAUGGUUGCUCGCAGUCCCGCUAUCGGCCCAGUCAGACUUUGAAGGCCCGGGGUUCAGCGCCAGACCGGGCCAGCGCGCGGGCCCACAUGACACGACGGUCUCUCUGAUUCUCAAGAGAAUUCCGGCAAUGGUUAACAUGCAAUGGGGGUCCUGUUCUUUCGUUAUAGAUACCUCCGUCACUGGCGGUGCCGUCAACGAGACACCCUCGAAUAUGUCCACGGAGCAGCGCUUGCACAUCCUCCUCGAAUACUUUCCAGUUUUGGCUGACAUCCAGAGGAAAUUCAAGGCCGACUGUCGGUGCCCGGGAUGCUCUGAAAAUGGAUUGAACAUCGCUGCCCUCCAGCCUGGCUGCUUGAGGCGUACCGCGGUGGAAGAAGCGCUUAUGCUCUUAGCCCACGGCAUCGCUGAUGGUUUCGGAGUCAACGACGUCUCAUCGGUUUCCGAAACGGGGCCAAUAGUCGACGCAAUAGCAGUACUACUCGUGGAACUGGUAGUAGAGCGGAAGGUGUGCUGGGACACGUGGUUCACGGUAGCUUCAUGUGUUUACCUCGGCUGUCCCUUCGAAAAACUCAUUGAGCCGUCGCAUCUUGAAGGAACCUCGGUGGCGGCCAUCCAGUUCGGAAACCUGGCGACGUCGGCCCCGUGGCUAGACUUCACCCGUGAGAUCGCAGUAAAAGGAUGCUUCGGCCUGAUUGGAUCCAAGGGCCGGCUGGGGGUCGUGCCGAACAGCGACGGCCAACAGAUGGGGUUUCGGGCCAUCGAGGAGAACUUUGCCAGCAUCAGAACCGAAAGUACUGAGGACACGAUUUCUUUCUGUCUCCGCUUCCGGAAGGAACACUCAGCGCUUGAUCAUGACUUUCGUCUUUGCGAAGACGAGUCGGCCGUGGAGAGUGAUGUGAUUCUCUACCCAGAAGACGACAAAGUGUACCGGCUUCUGCUCCGCAUCAAAACAAAGACACACUGGCGAGUCGUAGACCCCAGCGACGCGUUCAGCGCAGUGAUUCGGAUGCUUCCCCCGGCCCCCAGCUGUGAACAUCACCAUUGUGAACAUGAAGUUCAACCCGCAAUCGGUUUAGUGAUGCCUCUCUUGACCGCCAAGAUCUACACCAUGGACGAGCUCCUUGGGAGAUGGCCAGACAACACCACCCGGAGUUAUGAUUAUACACCAGGAGCAAGUGGGCACAACGACAGCGCGGCGAAUUCUGGAACAUUUUACAUUACCAACCUCCUAGACACACAUCUGAAGAAGAACGUCGCCCUGGCUCUUUCCGUCAACACAGUAGCAGUGCUAAACUAUCCCGAACUCACAUGCUUGCCAUGCAUGCUCUAUCAUGCGAGAAAUUCGCACAGAAAGCAACUGCGCGAUGUCGGGCAUGUCCCUCCCGCGGAUCGCCACAUCAUCAACAUCAGGACUCAUCUAGCAGAGCAGCGUAGCACAUUGCAGCUUCCUUCAUCGGUCAGUCGGGCUGAAUUCACCCAUCCACCUGUCGAUUGA